UUGCUCCCAAGGGCCCGAAGAUCACGAUGACCCCGACAAGAGCCCGCGUCGGAGACACCGUGCGGAUCUUGGUGCAGGGCUUCCAGAAUGAAGUCUUCCCCGAGCCCCUCUUCACUUGGACCCGCGUGGGGAGCCGGCUCCUCGACGGCAGCACCGAACACGACGGCAAGGAGCUGGUGCUGGAGCGGGUGCCGGCCGAGCUCAACGGCUCCAUGUACCGCUGCACUGCCCAGAACCCCCUGGGCUCCACCGACACCCAUACCCGGCUCAUCGUUUUCGAAAACCCAAAUAUUCCAAGAGGAACAGAGGACUCCAACGGUUCACUUACCGGCCACUGCGGCUUCAGACUGGUUUUGACGCUUACCCUAACAGUGAUCCUGGAGCUAACGUGA